CGAUAUUGUUCAUCUAGGUCUUUAUACGUUGGCGUAACCCAAGUAUAGGCGUCAAAGCGUUGUGCCUUUAUGUGAGAUUUUCUUACCAGUAAAAAUUCACAAACAAAUACUACAAUGUAAACCUUAUUCGCGGGAAAAACUAAAGUCAGGAUGAACAUCACACUAGCACUGACUUUAAACGACACCCUUGACGAAGAUCUACUAGAAGAAAACCAACCCGAAGAUAUACCAAAACGGGACAUACUCUACUUGGCUAUCCGAUACUCCCUGUUCACAUUAAGCGUCCUAUCAAAUUCCCUAUUGCUAUACUCAUACCAUAAACUUAGAAUUUUGAAAAAUAAGCACCAUGUGUUGCUAAUACAUUGGGCUGCGGUAAAUCUAUAUUAUUUCCUACACCAACUCAUAGUAGCUGACUUAGUAUGUUCCACAAUCUUAAGGCUGCCAUUCAGUCCAAGCUUUCUAACAGCCCUUUCGAGUACUUCUUUAAUAUUAAGUUAUUUUAUAGCUCUAGCUAUGCUGUUGCAAUGGACUAUGAUCAAUUUUAAAAAGUAUGAGUUUUUAUUUGAGAGAUACUGUGUGUAUGUCAUCUAUUCUUUGGGUGUCUGUAUUUAUAUUUGUGAGUACUUGUAUCAUAAAUAUAAACAUAUAGAAAUAGCGGUUUUUUGUGUUAAUACAAUCGUUCUAACAGCUAUAAUUGUUAACAUAAUAAUAAUUUUUAGAAUUUUACGUAAACAACCAGGUAUAGCUACUUACAUUCUAUACGCUGCUGACACCAUAAUCAUCUCACUCAUUCCUAUGGUAGCCUAUCAUUACCUAUUUCUAUUAUUUAUUGAUCAAUCAUCGAUUAUCCUUGAUAUAAUAUUCUUUACUAGAGUAAUUCCACAAGUUAUCUUAUUUUGCCAUCCGAUUAUGGUAUCGUUGGUGUUAUAUCAGUUCAGCAAAGAAUUCAACACAGCAUAUAAGGUAACUUUGAGGUGGAUGUUCCGAAAUAGAGAAAAUUGUAACGACUGGAUUUUUAUAGACGAAAUUGACAAUUAAAUUUACUUAAAAAACUUUUUUUGUUUACUGUUUGUUUCCUAUUUUGCUAUAAUAAUGCUGUUCGAAAUUUUCACAAAACUAGUCCCUAAAUAUUUAUUAUUCGAAGAUUAGUUUUGCCCGUAUACUUUCACCUAGAAAAACCCAUCCGGCUGGAAGGACCAUGUUGGAAGGCUGGUAAAUAAACCGCUCAUGUAUGAAAUUAUUAAAAAAUCUUUGGUUCUCUGAUAACGGUAACUAGCUGUGUACUUACCUACCAGCGAGACUGCUUCCUAAAAGGCUUAAAUCCAGCUCAAUAAAUAAAUGUGUUGUUGAUACAUUGGACCGAUGUAAACCUAUAUUAUUUUUUACAUCAACUGGUAGUAGAUGAUUUAGUAUGUUCGACAAUCUUGAGAUUGCCGUUUAGUCAGAGUUUUCUUAUGAUAAUUUCUAGUACUACUUUAAUACUAAGGCAUUUUAUAGCUCUAGCUAUGCUUCCAGAUAAUAAUGCGAAAGAAUAUGAGCAGACAAAUGAAACUUUGCCUAUAAUGGCCUUUCAUAGGGUUCUGUGCUUACUUCUUUACUUUUCAGCCCCUAUAUUGCUGAUUUGCCUUCAAUCGAAUCUUGCAACUUUGGAUAUGCUGCACAAAUCUUUAGAACAGAUAACACACUGAAGAAAUGAUCUAUCCAUCCUCAGCGAAUAAACUUUUCAUCUCAACAACAGGUUGGCAAACAGAAUUACAUAAAAACCCGAAAUACCUUGGGGUUACUCUAGACAGAAUGCAGAAUUUAGAGAAAACUUCACGAGAACAGCAGCAAAUCUAAAAACACGUAGUGUCCACAGCAUCAACUUCAAGAUCUCCCGCUCUUGGGCUGAUGUAUCUGGUGGCAGAAUACUGUAAACCAGUGUGGUUGAAUAGCAGUUGUACUCAUCUAGUAUUCGACACUCAGUUAAACAAUUGCUAUGCGUAUGAUAACAGGCACAAUUUUGUCCAUCCCCACAAUGUGGCUACCCACCCUUAGUAACAUAGCACCACCCAACCUACGCCGCGAACAUGCAUUGGUUAAAAAUACAUAAUAUAACAAAAUUAUAGAUAGUCGUUAACUUCUAGUCCACAACGACAUUCACGAUAUUCUUGGAAACCGUCUCCGAUCUAUGUUAUCUCCCCUGAAAUCUGCUCAAGAGCUAUGUCAUUCCAAUUUUGACUUAAAAUGCCCGAUAGAGAGAAGAAUGGGAAAGUAAGACAGAUCCGCAUUUUAGGGUUACCAUAAUUUAUUAAGGCCAAAUCCGGACAGCGGUAGUCCAAGGGGUUGUAGAAAAUGUCAGUGGCGUAACAAAGGGGGGGUUUGAGGGUUAUAACCCCACCCCAUUGGGAUGUACUUUGAGCUCUAUAUGCUUAACACCAUUACUAUUCCAUUCCCCCUAGAGACCCUUCAGUGGUUGUAACCGCCCCCCCUAGUGUACAUCCUGGUUACUCCGUGGGAAAUGAAAAUGUGAAUUUGACUGUUGCUAUACUGAAUUCGCUCUACCGAGAUUCACUUUGACACAUUCGGAAUAGGAAACAUACAACACAAAAAUUCCCACCUCACACUAUUAACUGCUAAAAUCAACUUAAUCUUUCAUUAAAAAAGAAUAAUUAUUAGAAAUAGCGGGAGGUGGAGUUUAUUUCUACAAAAUAUUUUUAUUUUUUACAAUAAAUAAUU